AUAAGAAUGAGUGGAACAGAAGAAGGGUAUGUAUGAAUUAAUAAUGUAAAUUAGAAGUCAAGAUGAUUCUGAUGAUCAAUAAUUCCCAAAGAGUUUAGCUAAUUAAAGUUUAUCGGAGAGACUUAAAUAAUAGGCUCUGGAAGUUCAUAGAAUGUUGUAGUAAUUAGAAUCGGAGUUUAGAGAUGAAGAUUGUUAAACAUAUUAUAUUUUAAGCAAGAAGUAUUUAAAUACAAUAGAUUACUUAGUUGGUUUGAGAAAUGGAAACUCUAUGUUGGUUAUGAUAAUGUACUCAAGAAUGAAAGUGUUCCCAUUCAACCUGGAUAGAUGAUACCUCAAAAUUAUAAUCAAGAUCUUCUUGAAUAAUAUGUUAAUGAAUGCUUCAAAUAUUCUCCACUAAGUACUAACCCUUGGAAUCUAUGGUUAAAACCUGAUCUCUAAGAAGGAAUCCAUUAUAUUGUUAUAUCAUAACAACUUUCAUCUUACCUUAAUCAAUAUUAUAGAGGUACUCCUAUCUCUAGAAAUACUUUUGGUUAUUCAUCGAAUAAAUAACUUAUUGUUAAUCUACUCAAAGUAUUCAAUCUCAUUUUAUUACAAUAGUUUAAUGCAUUACUUAUUAUUCCUAGUACUAUCAGUCAGAUUGCUCAAGAUAGUAUUACAUAAUUUGAUAAAGAAUAUUUAUAAGUUGAUCCAAAUGUUAAUCUCUCGGAUUAUUAUGAAAUCAUUAUCUAAACAGUGCCUACUUUCAGAGGCAAUUAUAAUGGUGUUAGAAUCUGGAGAUUUCAUAAUCCAAAUGAUCCUCAUAAAGCAUUAUUUGCAGAAAUCAAAAAACAAGUCUAAGAUCUAGACAUUACUGAUGAUCUAGCUUUCAAUUUCUCUGGAUCACCUAUCUAAAUUUCAUGUACUAUCACCUUCUCAUCACUCAAUCUUACUGAUAAAGAUAUCAUACUAAUUGAAGUAUUCAUAUUUCUUUAAUCUAGUUUCAAAAACAAUAUAAACCUUGGUGUAUCAGACAUCCCACUGUUCCAUUAGAAGGAAAAUGUGAAGGUUGUUCCAAUAUCACUGUUCUAAACUAUCCUUGCAUCUGCAAAAAAGUAUCCUAUUGUACAGAAUAAUGUAAAAUUAAUGAUGAAAGAUUUCAUCGCAAUAAAUGUGAUCCUCUUGGCUCUGAUGAUGAAUAAGUUAAAAAUAUUCAAUACACUCCUCAUUCUGUCUAAGGACUUGCUGGUUUAUCAAAUCUAGGCAACACUUGUUUCAUGAAUAGUGGUACUUAAUGCUUAUCAAACACUUAUUAAUUAACAUAAUACUUUCUAUCUAAUUAAUACUUUGAUGAAAUUAAUGAAGAUAAUCCUUUAGGAACUAAAGGCCUACUUGUUAGAAAAUUUGGAUCACUUAUCAAAAAAUUAUGGUGUGGUGAAAAAAAUGUUGUCACUCCCUCUAGUUUUAAAAAAGCUGUUGGAUAAUUCUAACCAAUGUUUAAAGGUUUUUAAUAACAUGACUCUUCUGAAUUAAUUACAUUUUUAUUGGAUGGUUUACACGAAGAUCUAAAUAGAGUAAAAAAAAAACCUUAUGUGGAAGCUAAAGAUAGCAAUGGUAGACCUGAUGUUGAAGUUGCUAAAGAAAGUUGGUAGAAUCAUUUAGCUCGUAAUUAAUCUAUUAUUGUUGACUUAAUGCAUGGAUAAUAUAAAUCUACUUUGAAAUGUCCAACAUGUUAACAAAUAUCAAUAACUUUUGAUCCAUUCUUAACAGUAGGAUUAUCGAUACCAAAUCGUAAAUAGAAAUCAAUUUAAGUUAAGGUGAUUUAAUCAGUUGUUUAAAUUCAAAGUAGAUAUUUAAGUUUUGAUGGUUCAAAAAAGAAUAUGCCAUUAAAAGAUUUUGUAUAAGAGUAUGUAGUAGGUGAGUUCAAGAUAUAAGCUGAUAGUGAAUUAUUGUACUUUUCAAUAUUUAUGAAUGAUAUAUCAGAUCCAAUAAAUCCUGAGGUAGAAAUAAAUGUAGUUAGAAAAAAUGCUAAAAGAGGAGGUUAUUUAGUGGUGAAAGUGUUGAGUGAAGAUGAGAGGAAAAUUGCAAAGGAUGAAAGAAUAUAUAUAAGUUAUGUUCAAAAAGCAUUUGAUUCAUAUGGACAUUCAUUUAAAAAGAUCAUUUAGGAGACAACUUAUUUAAUAAUAAAAAAGGAAUAUAGUCUAGCAUAGAUUCAUUUGGGAAUAUUUAAGAAUUUAUUACCAAUAUUUUGUGAUAUAAUAAAAGAGAAUGAAUUGGAUACAGAUGAAAAAUUGAGAGAAUAUUAUGAAUAGAAUAUACAUGGAAAGGUAAUGAAGUAAUAUGUAUUUAGUAUUUCAAUAUACAUAGUAAAUAGAAUUUUAUGGUAAUGUAGAAGGAUUGUAUAUUUUGUAAUUCAAAAAACUGUUAGGAAUGUGAAGUGAAUUAUUAUUCAUAAGAGACUUAUGAGACAGCAUAAUAGAAAGAGAUGGCAAAUAGAAAUAAUUAAAUGUUAAAGGUGGAAUUAUUAGUAUUUUGGAAUAAGAGUCCAUUUUAAAAUAUAAAUGCUGGAGAGAUUUAUUAAUAUUAUUAAAGUUAAUAAUAUAGAAAGUAGAUGGAAGGUAUAAAAUAAAUUUAAUUGUAGAGGAGAACAAUAACAAUAAUGAGAAUGAUAAUAAUAAUAAUAAUAAUGGGAAAGGGAAAAUGAUGGGUAAGAAUUAUACAAAUACAUUUAUGAUGGAUUAAUAAGUGAAGGUGACAUUAUAAGAGUGUUUAAGAUUUUCAGAGUAACCAGAAUAAUUAGCAGAAGAUAAUGCUUGGUAUUGUAGUUAAUGUAAAGAACAUGUUUAAGCAUAUAAAAGUAUGUAAAUUUAUAAGGUAAUGAAUAAUUUAUAUAAAUUAGGCUUCAGAUAUAUUAAUAUUCACUUUAAAGAGAUUUAAAGCAACUCAUGGUUAUUUUAAAUAGAAAUUAGAAACUUUUGUUGAAUUUCCAGUUAAUGGAUUAGAUUUGAAAGAGUUUAUAAUAAAUAAGAAUAAACCUCAUGAAAAUAAUGAUAUAGAGGAGGAAUAAAAAGGAUUGAUAUAUGAUUUAUAUGCAGUUUCUAAUCAUUUCGGUGGUAUGGGUGGUGGACAUUACACAGCAUUUGCUAAAAAUUAAGUAUCAUAUAUAAUAAUUAUUAAAUAUUAGAAAAAUUAAAAAUGGUACAAUUUUGAUGAUUCAUAAGUUAGUGAAUUAGAUGAAGAUUAAAUUAUAUCAAAAAAUGCUUAUCUUCUGUUUUAUAAACGCAGAACUGAAUAAGAGUAGUAAUAGACUUAAACAUUUAAUACAUAAGAGUUAAAUUGA